AUGUGUAUUUUCAGUGACGAAGCAACUUUGAGUGAUUUUAUCAUGCAUUCCGAUGAUGCUGUGCCAUCAAGUUCUGCAGCUCAUAAUGCCGAUGUCGUUUUUGUGUCUUCUGACUUAAGCAGUUAUCGGAAUAGAAUUGAUGCAAGUGUCGAUGAACAACGGAAGUAUCGUCAAGUUCUGGCAGGUUUGAGCAAUAAGGUGGAAAAAUAUCGACAGCACACUGCAAAAUCGGUAGCUCAGUUGAAUGCUUCGCAGGUUUCAGGUGUCGAUCCUAUCGAUGAUGUAAUUCACGCUUUGUCACGUUCACCCGAGAUAUUACGUGUUAGGCCCGAUGGAAUAAGCGCAAAUCCGCUGUUAUCUUCCUCUUUAAUUGAUACCGGUUUUAAGACAGAGUUGCCUGAUAGUUCUACUGAUGUAAUCAUUCAACAAUUACGUGAUGAACAAAUCAGGAACGAUAGAUUGGAAGAUCUAAAUGUUAUAUAUCGGGAACAAGCAGAAGUUGUUAUACAUACGAAUCAAGAUUUGAAAGACAAAUUGCUAAAAACUCAGGAAGAAUUGAUGAGGAUAACCCAUGAAAGGGAAAUGGAACGAUGCUCCCUGCGACAAAACGAUGAAAAAAGGAAACGUGCAGUAAAUGCUCAACACCAGCAUAUGCUCGAAUUGUGGGUAGCUUUCAAUAGACUUCGACGACAGAUAAAAGAUUUGAGAACGAAAACUGAAAGCGAUUUAGAUCGGCAACGAACCGAAUUCGUACGUUGUGCAAAUAACAUGGAAGCACUUGUUCGCCAAGCUGAAAUGAAGCGAAAACAUGGUACACCUGAAGGAACAAAGGAUGAAGAUGCGAUAAAUGAUUUAUUGAAAAAAUAUGAAGAUGCGGCUAUCCACAGUAUUAAGCUGGAGCACGAAUUGAAUGAUUCCAAUCGUCGGAUUGCUGUCAUGGAAGGUCUUAUUAAAAAAGCCAAGGAAGAACGUGAUACUGCAAGAGAUUCGUUGAAGAAAAUUCAUUCGAUACCAGAACUGGAUGAAAUACGUGGUCGACGAACCCGUUCUAUUAGUCCAGGUUAAAAUCACGAACUUAGAAUGACAGUAUUCGAGAGGUGUUGAAACAUGGUACAAUAUAUCUAGGGUGAAUUCAAAGGAAAUAAAAGACAUUGCUCCAUAUGCUGCUGUUUGAG